GUCAACUCUUCUUAUCAUAAAGAAAUUAGGCUUUACAAUUGCAAUUAUCCUUUAAUUUCUUCUGCUAAUCUUGAAGGAAAUUUCCAUCAACCUCUCUGAACGGCAAGAACUAGGCUUGCAGUUGCGAUUUUGUAGAUCUGCUGCGUCGUCUGGUUACUUUGGCCUAAUUUGGUUAUCCGUGUCCAGCGUUCUUCAAUUCCUUCUGCUAAACCUGCUGUAGGAACUUCAUCAAUGGAGGCAAUCAUUGAAAUGGAAAAGUAUGUGGGGAAUUCAGUAUUCAGUUAUGUAGACUGCCAUAGAAAACUUGAAGAAGAUAUGAGUGAUUUGAGAAGCGAGUUUCAGGUUCUAAAGAGGUGAAAAUUGAUGUCAAUUCAAGAAUACAAGCAGAGGUUCAUUGGGGUCAAUUGGUGAAGGAAGAAGUGCAGGGCUGGCUUCAAGAUACUCAAAAGAUCAACGAUGACAUGCAAGUUGUUGAAGAAAUGGUGUGCAGAGUUUCAUACUUCUCACGUGCCUGUCUUGGUAAACUUGUUCGUGAAAAAAUUGAAGUGGUUAAGAGAAUGAAAGAGAGGGGCAGCUUCUUUGAAGGCCUUUCAGUUGAUAGAGCUCCGGCUUCUGGAAUCAUAAUUCCAACGGAGAAUCUAGAGGAUGAAAUUUCUACUAAAGAAAAAAUUGGGGAGCACUUGAUGGGUGAUGAUGUUGGAAUGAUUGGAGUUUAUGGGAUUGGUGGAGUUGGGAAGACUACCAUCAUGAAGCAUGUAAAUAAUGAUUUAUUGAAGGAGACCAAGUUUCAUAAAGUUGCUUGGGUUACAGUAUCAUACCCUUUCAAUGUUUUUUAAUUACAAAAGUUUAAAUUUUUUAUUUUUAUAAAAAUAAAAUUAUUAUUAAAUU